GACGCCGCGCUCCCGCCUGACCGCGGGUCAGGGGCAGCAACAUGGCUGCGCCCAUGUGCACGUCGGGGGUACGGCUGGAGCCGGCGGUUUAGUCCCGUCCCGUCCGGUGGUCGGGAGCGCCGGUCUGUGCCCUGCCGUGUAGCCACCUCCUAUCGCCACCCCCGCAUGGAGCCGCGAGAGUCCUGGGCGGCCUUGGCGGCUGGUGGAGUUGCUGGUGUCUGUGUUGACUUGAUCCUUUUUCCCCUGGAUACUGUAAAAACAAGACUGCAGAGUCCUCAAGGAUUCAGGAAGGCUGGUGGUUUUCGUGGCAUCUAUGCUGGUGUUCCUUCUGCUGCUAUAGGAUCCUUUCCAAAUGCUGCUGCAUUUUUUAUCACCUAUGAGAAUGUGAAAUCUGUGCUGCACCAUGGCUCUACAUCGUACUUGACUCCGGCAACACACAUGGUGGCUGCCUCCCUUGGGGAAGUGGUUGCAUGCCUCAUUCGGGUUCCAUCUGAGGUUGUCAAGCAAAGGGCCCAGGUCUCUCCUUCCUCGAGCACCCUCCGGAUUCUCUCCCACACCUUGUAUCAUGAGGGUAUUCAAGGACUUUAUCGGGGUUAUAAAAGCACAGUAUUAAGAGAGAUUCCAUUCUCUCUGGUACAAUUUCCCCUCUGGGAGUCCUUAAAGGAUCUCUGGUCAUGGAAGCAGGGUCACGUGGUGGAUUCUUGGCAGUCAGCAGUCUGUGGAGCUUUUGCAGCUUGUUCGCAGGUGUUGUCCCACGGAUGGCAGCCAUCAGCCUGGGAGGCUUCAUCUUCCUGGGGACAUACGAGAAGACUCACCAGCUGCUGCUCUGACCCAGCCUGGCCGGUCCUGCCGGUGGCCGCCGAAGGGCUGGAGAAGCCACCGAGCUGGAGGAGGAGUCGGCCCGCGAACGCAGCCUUCCUCCUGCCGCCCCUUCGCCGUGCCGCAGCAGCUGUUCAGCAGGCCGAGCGCCGCUUUCGCUGCUAAAGAAAAGUAAAUCCUCCAAUAAUCCAAUUUCCCAAACAUGAAAUUUUCCUGCAUGGAAAGUGAGUGAGGUCAUUGUGAGAGUUGUGCCAAAAAAGUAAUGUUUGGGGGGUAAAUAGCUAAUUAUGGUGGCUGAGAAAGGCGUUAUUAGAACUCCUGCAGGGGAAAUGUUUUGCAAACCUCCAGAUCGUGGGCUGAGCCAGGAGGCCGAAAUAAAGCGAGUUUUCAUAAUUCAGUGGCACCUGCCUCAUAACACGGGGAGGGUUUUUCUGGUUGGGGAAGGGGCUGAUAGAGUUACAGCCUGCUGCCCUCUGACAGCCCUGAAAGUAUUCCAGGUUGGGAGAGCUCUUUGUAAAAGACAAUAAUGCAUUUGUUUCUGAUUUGAGCCGUAUUUGUGAAAGUUUAUAUUCCUGUUUAUACCUACAGGUGCUCAGUGAGCAUUCCUGUGUGGUAGCCAGUGCAGCUUUAUUAAUUAGACUCACAUUUCUCCAGUAAAAGCAUGGGCUUGUAUUAUUUUACAGCUAUGCCUUGUGCAAAGACAUGCAGGUCUGCCUUCUUUUGGUCUUCCUCCCUCAGCAGCUGAAGGAGCAGGAGGCUGGAAAUGCUGAAACCCAGGAGGGCGGCCGGGAAGGCAAGGCAGGGAAGGGUGCACAAGUCCUGCCGCUGCAUGGAUGGAUCCUGAGGGUUCUCAGGGGACUGCUGGCAGGCAGAGCGAACCUCUGCUCUUGGUCUCAUAUUAGGAAGGAGAAGCUGUAGUGGCCAAAAUGGUGCAGGGAUGAGCUUGGUGAAAAGGCCUUAUUGGAAUUACUCAAAAUUAUCACCAGAGUCUAGAAGGGGGGAAACUGGCCAAGUUUACAGCAGCAACUUGGCUAAGCCAUGCUUGGGAAUGUUCAGAUGUGGAUGGCAUUUGCAUGGGGACGCUGGGGCAGGUAGAGCCGAGCUGCGGCAGCGAGUGCCUUCAGCAGGCACCGAAGACCCUCCUCAGGCUGUGCCGGGGCGCUGGGAUAAGAGGGGCCGGGUCAGGUGGUGCCGGUUCACACGUUUCCCCCGGGCUCAGCUGUGCUGCUGGGAGGCUGAGGGGCCCCUCACUGGUGGACUUGUGCGUGGGGGUGAGGAGGGGGGUGCCGGCUGCCGCAGGGGCCCCAUGGGGUGUCGGGGCGCAAUGCACCGUGAGUGCCCGUGGUCAGGCUUGAGAGGGGCGGCAGAGCCCGGCUUGUGCAGCCACGGCGUGCACCAGAGCUGACUGACGUCGUACGUGCGCCUCUGGGGUGCUCAGGUUUAACACUGAGGUUGUCCUCUUCAGGAGGAAGGCGCCCAGCUGCAGGGAGCCUCGGGUGAGGGAGGACAAAUGCCAAACCAGGUCAGCGCGUGAACGAGGCUGGGCCAUGCGCAACGCCUGAGCCCCUGCCCAGAGAACAGACUGCUGCCUAGGCACAAACCUAGGCCAGGCUUACCAAGGCUGGAUGGUUUAUUACACUGUCAUCCCAUGACAUAGUAGUAAGACUUCUUCGAGGCCAAAACAUAGCAAAUAAUUGGCAAAUGAGUAAAACAUAAAGAACAAAAGACAUAAUUCUUAAAAAUAACCUUCAAUUGAAAUGGGGAAUUUCAGCCAAGUCCUGUAAUGGCUGGUUAAUUGUGCCAGUUUCCGUGGCAUGGUGUAGCAGUGCUUCCUGCCACUUUUAAGGUUGUCUCUUUUAUGAAGUUUAUAUAUAUAGUGGAACCAAUUUUAGGGGUCUUGGGGAGGGGAGAUUUAUUACUGUGUCUUAAAAGCUAACUUAUAUUUUCUAUUAAAGCUUUUUAAACAUAAUGUGAGGGUUAGCACCACAGUUGGUGCAUUUAAUUACUUGAGCUGAAAAUAAUCAUGCCUUGUAAGCCGUUGGGUCCAAAUGCUAAACUGUUGGGUUUUGCUUAAUAGGUGUAUAAUCAGUUUUUGUCAUUACUGCUUUCUUUUCUUAACAAAAAAAAAAAGGCCCCAAACAACUACCCAGAUUGUUUUAGCACCCCUACUGUGGGGGGUGUGGGAGGCGAGCCGGCCGCCACGUGCCUCCCCGUCCCAUGUGCUGCUGGACUGGCGCCACAUCCCGACCGCUGCAGGAAGGACUCAGUCAGCCGGGAAUGGCACGAGGCAAGUUCCGCACACACCGAUUUGUCUAAUCCUGCUGAAAAUGGCACUUUUAGUUGUGGGGCUACAGGGGAAAGACCUAAAAAUGCAUUGGGUUUUCCCCUACUGCCCGUUUGCCGUGAGUUUUAGUGACAUUUUAUGUCAUGCUUACUGACACUUGACAAUUUUAUUCCAUUACUGGGGUAAGUGGACUAACAAAACUUGAAUCUCAGGCAUCAGCCUCUUAAAGGAAGAGCCUUUAACAUUUUAAAAUACUUUAACUCCUAUGUGUGUUAAGGGAUUUAUCAGCGUAGGUUCAAAAAGAUCUGCUUUAUACCCAAAGUUGUAACGUGGAGGGAGAAAUAUAGACUUUUUUUUUUAAAAAAUAUACAGGAGCCGAAUUGAGAUUUUUAGUUAAAGCAAGAACCCAAGCUUAUCUCUGAAGCUGCCUCUGGACUUCCCAUCAGGGUGGGGCUCAGUUUGAGAAAGCUGGAGGUGUUCACAACUGCAGCUGACUCCGGUGCUAUCCUGGCCCCAUUUUUCAUACAUACACACACGUGCACCCCCCCGAUCUGUUCUGCUUGCCCCGCCAAGAUAAGGGCACAUGCCAGAUGCUAAAGCAAGCUGAUACAUUAGAAAUGCGUUUCUUAGAGUUCUUCAUUGCAUCUUUCAACACAGCCCCCAGAUUCCACCCCAUCCACAAGCCAGGCUGCCAGAGUCUCAUGCUGAGCUGCAGUAUCUAAUGUUAAAGUUGUGGGUCUAAUUUCAAGAGCGGGUAUUUUGGCAGUUAGGCUGCGUUUGCAUCAGAGAGAGACAGAAAAAAGCAUAGCAAUGGAUUAGAAUUUUAUUUAAUUUUCAACUGAAACUCCCAAAAGCUCACUCUCAAGAAAACAGCUGUAGUAUUAUAAAUGAACCUUUAUUAAAGACACUUCAAUGCCAUUUGUUAGACACUUCAAUAUCUUACAUGUUUUUCAAUGUACAACAUUGUACCAAAUUUUCUAAUAAAUAAAUAACUUUGUACACAAAAGUAAUACUUCCUCUUUCACAUUGCCUCUUAGAAGCAGCAAAUUCACAUAUUUAGUGGAAGUCAAAACAUUAGGCAGUUAACUUUAUUCAGAAACAUUAUUUUCAAAUGUUAAUGUGGCAAACAUGCUUUGUGGCUGCAAUGGUGAUGACAUUUCCGCCAGCAAAAUGAGUCAAUUCAAUCAUUCCCAUCUUCCCCCGUCCCCGGUUCCACUGUUGUCACCUUGCGAGUCGGUUCUGAAGCAUACUUUUCCCUUAAGGGAAAAUUACGCUUGGUUUAUAGUUUUCUAACAUCACUCAACAUAAUUAGCCACCUGUCUCAAAGUGCAAACGUGUCAAUAGUCAGGAACUGAUACAGACAGGUACCUGGCUGAAUUAUGCCUUGCUUCAUCAAGGUCAGGUUCAGCCGCCUCGUCUAGGGUGAACCUCGCCAUCAGCAGAGGCCCUUCCCCUGCGGAGGUGGCGGCUCCUCGCCGUGAGGCUGGGGAGGACCAGCUUGUAACAAAGCGACCGGGCACCUCGCGUCCCGCUGCAGGGCAGCACGUAACAGCUCGCUGAAACCCCGCAGGCGCGGUAGCGCUUGGGCACAUCCCCAAGCGAUGGAUCUGACCAGAAAAUUAAAUGUCUCUGCCCUUAUUUCUGAUGCUUUCCAGCCAGAGCACUAGCAAAGGUGGAUUUCCACCAGACCCGGCUUCAGGGGGACUGGCAUUUGAGCUGCUCCUAAGGAUACAAGUAACAAAACCCCCUAAUAAACCUUCCCCCAAAGUAGUCAUCACCAGAGUUAGCAACCUUAUGUUAGCAGAACUCGAAUGACAAGUAACUGGAAGGGAGUCCUCCAUCCACAGGUACCAACACCAACAGAAAGCAGCCUUUCUAUAAAUAAAAAGCAUCAUAGUGAAGUUAGAAGUGACAAAGGUGGGCAUUUCUUUCCCCGCCCCAUUCAUGGAUGAACUUAAAAGACCACAUAAAACCACUCGGGCCAUUUCCAUUGAACAGAGUACUUUCAACCAAAAAUAAAUGGUUUCCCUUCUAAAUGAGUACAUUUCUGAGUAGCCUAGAAUUGCUACACGAAGCAGCAAAAUCCAUUUGAAGCGGGUAUUUUCAUAUAGAGUCCGGCUGCAGAUGGGGGUAAUGGCAUUCAACAGGAAAGCGUAAUAUUGUGUUGCAGGAAAAAAAAGGGUUAGAAGUAUCAGAUGAAUUAACGGUACAGCUGUCAGCUUAGGAGUGUGAUUUUAAGUUUUGUUGGCAAAACAGCUCUAUGGUUUCAAACCCCCUCCAGAACAGAGGUAUUAUUUUGGGUGUGAAAAUGCAUUAUACUGGCACAGGUUAUUCCUUCCGAAGAGGGUGAGGCUGUGUAUCGUUACGUGCACCUCCUACAGGUAAAGCCGCAUCCAUUUGCGAGGGGAAAGGCCCGCACUGAGCUCUGCCGGUGAUCGGUGCCGUAACAGCGUACGUGGGCAGGUAACGCCUCCCGCUGUGAUGCUUUUUGAGUGGUGCGAUAUGAGACCACCCCGCAGUUUACUGCGGGAAUUAUUUACUGUGGUAAUGACUGCUCACUAAUCAUGGCGGCCUUUUUGUCUGGGUGUUUUGGGGCUCUGCGCUGUCGCUGAAUUAUUCAGUGCCUCUUGUGUGGUCCGCUCUAACGUGUCACGCAGUCACAGUUCAAAUCCUAAUUUUUAUGCGUUUUUGAAAAGUGAUGGAAUUUAAGUUCUUCCACCAACAGGAAGAAAAAUCAGGUUGCUACGUAAUUUCUCACCGCAUGGUUUCUUUCCUAUAAACUUCAUUUGAAACAGUUGAAGAUCUCUGGUUAAAUGUGUUAAGUGCAAUAAAUUUCAAAGGGGAAGGAACUUUGUGCUAAGUAACCCAAUUGAUACUUGAUUUAAAGGAACUUCCGUUGAAAAGAGGACAAUCCCUUUGGAACAGUCUGGCUUUUUAAAAGUUCUGCUUAUGCAUUUAAGGCACCAGAAUUAUUUCUCUCACAAAGUUUAACAGCAACCUGAUACUGAAAACAAUAUUGCCAAAAUUGUAAAAUUUCACUCAGUUUUCCAUGCACUAAAGAUUAAAAUAGCCUCUGUAAAAGAUAUAUAUAUAUUUUUAUAUAUAUAUUUAUAUAUGAAAACUCUUAUGUACAACUGUAUCAAAUACUUUUCUCUUUACACAAUAAUCCCUUGCAUUUAUGUGCUUCAUAUGCAAGUCAACUUUUCAGCGCUUCAUACUUCUCAGGGAAGUUUUAAACUAUGUACAAACAGAUGACGCUCGAACAGGAGUUUGUUCCCCAUACAAGCUUGUUUCUCAUACCUCAGUUGUUUGCCUUUGACAGGUCACCAGUUCAAGAUUUGAGGUAGAAUUAAGUAGCCUAUAUACUCUGUGCAAAAAAAAAUUAAAAAAAAUAA